GCGCAAAUGCGAAGAUACACAAAAGCGGACAAGAUACAAGCCAAGCGAAAGCACCAUGGUCAAUUUAGUUACUCUUCGAUUUUCGAACAGUGCGGUAAAAACUUAAAUUCGUUUAGAACUUCUAUUCGUGCGUUUUUUGUGUGAAGAUUCAACGAAACGAAAGUGACAACGCAAGUUUGGUCAGCGGCCAGCAAUUUUUGUAUGAGAACGCGCUGAUCGACGAAGUGCUACGAAUUUGGUGCAGCAAUACUUCAUAAAUAUAAAUUGCAAAAACCAAAGAGUAUAAAAUAAAAAAAUAUUACAUUAAAGUUCAAAUAGUACACAGUGUGUUGGGCAAGAAUUGCAAUUAUGUUGUGCAUUUUUUAAUACGUUAAAUACUCAACUUGUGCUCGAUUAAAGUGUGGUGUCUAACAAAAAUAGCAUAUUUUUGUUUUUGUAUAAAAGUCAAUUAAUAUAAAAACAACAAAUAACUAAAUACAAAACACAAUGCAAGCGGUAAAGGCGAAAUUGUCAAAUAUUUCCAUACCAUGGAGGCUAGUGUUGAAGAAUGUCGCAGCGAUUGUGAUAUCUUUGGUAGCAUUGUCAUGGCUACACCUUCGUCCAUUAGGCAUUUUCUUUCUAUCGCUAUUCUUCUACUGGAUUUAUAAGACGCGCUGCAAUUUCCGAAUUAUACCACCGCCUGAAUUGCAGAAAAUUUACAAAUUUCGUAACGAAAACCGAAAAAUGUUCGGCGCAACCUUGUUUACUGCUGGAGGAUUCCUUUUGGUCGGUGGACCGAUAUUGACAGGCUUAUCUUUGGGCUUGGUAUUGGUGGCGAUGGCGGUAUUAUUAGCCAACAAGGUGGAAUAUGAGGUUUUACACAGAGAGCGACGCCGCCGACGCUAUUAUGACGACUACAGUGGUAGCGAAACUGGAACCGGCACAGAGACGGGUACGGACAGUGAGUCCGAAACGGAUGAUGAAUUUUUGCCAGACACAAGCUCAAAUAAUCUUGUGCUAUUGGCACGUGCAAGCGACCAAGCGUCGUACUCGUUAAAAACAGAGGACAUCGAUGAUAAAGUUGAUGAUGAUGAUGACGCUAGUAAUGGAAGUGAUGAUAUACCAUCAGAGCUUUUAAUACCCGACUCCAUACCGGAGUUGAAUGAAAACUCCACAGAUGAUGACGAUGAUCUGAUGCCGGUCAUCAAUGUUGAUGAACUAAAUGCAGAUCCGCGCACAAUUGCCAGUAAUAUACGCUUUGAGAAGUGUCACUUUAAGUCUGACUCCUCCUCGUCAUCGGAGGAGAAUUUGUCGAAAGGUUUAAAUUUCACCGAUUCGGCAAAGCCAGUCAAUACCGCCACGAAUGAUGGUGUUGUUGCCGCCUUAGUCGCCACCACAUCCGCUCAAGCACUACUCGAAGGUGGCAGCAAGCUACUGCCUAGCCUUGUCAGUGGCCUAAUGGGGUUAGGAAACAAAAAUGUAGCUGCCAUCAACAGUAGCAAAAGCAAAGUAAAGGAGGAAGACCGUUCCUCCGAAAGUGACUUUGAGAUCAUCGAUCACGAAUAGGAACGCAGCUUAUAAUAUUCCCGAGUCCAAAGAAUAAUAUAUGUAUGCAUAUACAUAUAUUUAUAGAUAUAUUAGUAUACAGACGAGGAAAGGUAAUUAGUAAGUGAAGCACAAUUCAAAAUAAAUACAGUUGUACUUAUUUUUAGCUAAUGAAUUUUAAAAUACUUUGAAAUAUAUAGACUAUUAUUUAAAGGAUUUGCAUCAUAUUUUUAGUAACAUCAUCUUUUAUUUUUAGUUUUUACUCAUUUAAAUAAUAAAUUUAAUUUUAUCAUAAUUUUUAUUAUAUAUAAUCAUUAAUUUUCUGGCAAUAAUUUUAUGUUUAAUUUGUGUGUAGUUUAAUCGUUGGAAUUUUUAGUUUCAGUUAUUUUCAUUUUCUUCUACGCUUUCCACUAAAUUCUUGAUGCAUAACCUUUAAAUAUCAAGCAUUCACCUUUUCAAGCAAUAAUUACAUUUUUUAACAUACAAAAUAAUACUGAAAACUUACAAAGACAUAUGUAUACAUAUUUGCCCCUACAACCAAUUUACUUUUAAAAAUAUUGAUCUCAGUUUAAAGCAAUAUAAUAUUUUUUUUGCUAUGACUCGUUUCCUCAACAUUGAAAAUCUAUUUGGACAUAAUUUUUCGGCGGUAUUUUUUAACAAAACAAAAAACGAUAAUUUUAUUUCCCCAUUUGUUUUUUAAUUUCCUUUCUUUAUUUGUUAUUAAACUUUUUCUUUAAUUUUUAUUUAUUUUUUCAUUUUUAUUUACAUAAAAAUUUUUUUAAUUUUUAUUUAUUUAUUUUUUUUUUAAUUUUUAUUUAUUUUUUUUGUUUAUUUUAAACAUUAUAAACUUCUAUUUUUUAAUUUAAAUUUUACCAAAUUUUUUUUGGAUUUGAUAUUGCUAUCUUUUAAAUUUCGUGGGAAAAAUUAUUUUUUUUUUUGGAUUUUUAUAUUUUAUAUCAACAUAAUUUUAUAAAAAAUAUUAAGAAUUUUUGUUUUAAUUUGCAAAAACUUAUAAUUUUAAAUAUUUUUUUUAUCUCUUAUGAUUUUACCAUACUUGUGCACGGAAAUAUGUAUGUAUUCCAUUAUGACAAGUUAUGUAAAUCUUUAUUUCUAUGAUUUUUUUUAAAUAUUUUUUUUGUGUUUAAUUUUAAAUAAUUAAAAAAAAAAUUAUAUAAAAUAUCAAAAAAAAUUAAUUCAGUUUCUAAACAAAUUUUUAUAAUUUUUUGUUUAUUCUUCUACUUUUUUGAUAAAUUACUCCAGAAAACAUUAAGAAUUUAAUUUAAAAUGCUUUUUUUAUUGCACCAUUUUUUAUUCCACAGUUUCUUUGAUUUUUAAUAAAAAAAAAAUAAAUAAAGAAUAAUAUAGAAUAACUACUUUGAUUUUUUGAACUUAUAAUUCUCAAGUUUUCAGCGUUUUCUAAUUUCCAAAAUUUUUUCAUUCUUUUAUGACUUACAAAUAUAAAAGCAUAGAUAAAUAAAAAAAAAUAUUUCUUUAUUUUUACAUAAUUAAAAAAUAAUUAUGAAAUGUUCAAAAAAGAUUUAAAUUGAAUUCAAUUAUUUUUUAUUUGCUUAUUUACUUUUUUCUAUAAAUUAUGCUGGCAUACAUAAUAUUAUUUAAAACGAUGAAUACACUUUUAUAACUAAACUUUGAAUUUUUCAAAUUGAAAAAUCGUUUCAAAAUUCAAAAGAAAUUUUAAAAUGAAUUUCAAUUGAUAUUUUUUUAAACAAAUUAUACCAGAGACAUAAUCAAAUCGGAAGCUUUUAAUUUUUAUGUCUUUCUUUAUUUUAAAUUUCGUGGUAAAAACUAAUUUUUGCAUAUUUACUUCUGAGAUUUAUUUUUAGUAUGAACUUGACUUAUAAAAAAACAUAUUUUGAGCUAAACAUUUCUUUUCUUUACAUUUCGUAAAAUCAAGUUUGUAUAUUGAUGAACACGAACCUGACUUGAAAAAAAUAUUUUGAUUUAUUUCGAAAUUCUAAAAUGUCGAAUUCACAAGUUUUCUGCAUUUUUUUUUUAGCAAAAACGUUAUUUCUUAUUUGAAGACCUAUAAAAAAUAAAUAAAAUACAUAUAAAUUUACAUACAUAUGUAUGUUUGUAUGUUUAAAAAAGUUUUCUGAAAUUUAAAUUGAUGUAAAUUUUAAUUUUUACAUAAAUGAGCAAGAAAAACUUAAAAUUUUUUAAUGAAAAAAUUCAUUGCAAAUAUUUAUAUUUUUAUAUUAGUUCCUGAUUGCUAACAUUUUAUAUAAAAAAUUAAUAAAAUUUAAUAUCUCUUUUAUUCUUAAUAUAUAAAUUUUGUAAAAUGUAUUUUAAUGAAAGUGUUUCAUAAAAAAAUGGAUUGAGUAAAUUUAAAAAAAUCCUAAUAUCUACAAACACAUUUUAUUGACAAUUUUCUGAUUAUUAAUGUUAAAAAAAAAUAAUUAAAUGGAUUAAUUUACAUAAAUGGAUUUAUUAAUUUUUGUAAAAAAAAUCACAUUUUAUUGAAAAUUUUGGUAGUGUUAAAAAAUUAUUUACUUUACUUGAAAUAUAUUAUACACAAUUAUUUAGGUUUAUUUUAUUGAAAUUUUGGUAAAAGCACUUGUAUUGUCUAAACAUACAACAUUGGUGCGCCAAAAAUCGUGCUUAUACAUAUAUAUUAUUAUCGUAUUUUUUUAAUUAUCUAGCAAUUUUUGUAUAUAAAAUUUGUAAAUUGCGUAUUUAUAUAAUAAUAAUCAUGAAAAUAACAAAGUUUCAUACUUACUCACUCACUUUGUAAAGUUUUCCAAAAUUAAGUAUGAAAUUUUUAAUAAAAAAAAUUAAUAUUAUUUUAAAAUAUUUUUAACCAUACUUGUACAUUGGAAAUUAAGAAGAGAACUGAUUAUAUAACUCGUAUUUUGUUUUAUUAUUUUUGGCACAUAGGCAAAGGAUGUCAAUAAAGAAUAUGUAUAAACAUAUUUGUAAACAUAAAUACAAUACUUAAAUAAUAUAUAUCUACAUUUAAGCAUUACAAAUAACUGAUCUAUUAUUAUUUAGCUAACAGAGUUUAAGGAAUUUGUAAAAUAAUUAUUAAUACCAAAUAUGAUUAUGCACAAUGAAUUCAAACAAAUUUAUAACCUACAGUAAAUAUAUAUAUAUAUAUAAAUACAUAUAUAUAUUCUAGUUUGUAAUUGUAUAUGUAAACGUGAACAUGUGAAUCUAUUGUCUGUCUUACUGUCUACAAUAUAAUGAGAAAUUACACAUAAGGAUCACAAUUCAAUGAGGAAUAAUGAACUAAGAUUAAGUCUAAAUGUAAAUGCUAAAAAAAUAACUGGAUACAUAUUUUUUAAUUAAUCCUAGUAAAAGUAUAAUAAUGCGAUUACAUAUAUUAGUACAUUUGUAGUUAUAUAAGUUUAAAGUUACUAAAUGAAAACAAUUCUAACGCUUAAGAGAAUUGAGUUAUAGUGUGUAAUGAACUAAGUAUAUAUUUUAGCGGUACUCAUAGAAAUACGUACAUACAUACAUAUAUAGCCUGCAACACAUUGGAAUAUUUGUCAUUUUUAUCACAAGCUUAUAAAAUAUGAAACAAAUGCAAUUGAAAAAAUCGGAUAAAUUAAAAGUAGCGCAUUUGACUCAAUUUAUGUCGUUAAUUUAAAACAAAAAUGUACAUUUUAUGGCAAAUUGUACUUGUAAAAUAAUUAUAAGGCUACACUUAUUAAAUUCAUUUACGUGUUUUUAUGAAUACCCUAUUAUAUUACAAAUUAAUAGUAAAUAUACAUAAAUAUAUACAUUUAAAAACCGA